GCGUUGAUCCGGUCUGCUUUAGCAGUUGCGCCAAUAUUAGCAGUAGCAAACACUUGUCCGCUAGUUUUUCCAACUUAUGUUUAUAAUUGUGUAUGAACACAAAUUACCAAAUUAGUACUUAACGUUUUGUAGACUUUAUUUGGGUAAUACGUCUGUAUUAAGGAUCAGUUUACUUCAUGGUCUGACCCAGAGUGUCUUACUAACAUGGAUGACAGUAAACCGACCUCCUCUCCCGAGGGACCCGUAGACCCCUCUCUCGUGUCAGAAGAUGGCAAAAAUGUCAAAGCUGUUUUGUGCCAGAGAUGUGGAUCCAAAGUGCUCUGUCCAGGCAUGGCAGUCUUUGCAGAAAAAGAGCUGUUUCUUCCUUCGAUGAGAAAGAAAACUUCCAUUGGUCAGUCAGACGGGACGUUGGAUGGGGACACCUUAAUGGCUCACUGGCUGGUUGAUGACAUGUACACAUUUGAGAAUGUGGGCUUCACAAAAGAUGUAGGCAAAGUCAAGUAUCUUAUUUGUGCAGAUUGCGAGAUCGGACCUAUCGGUUGGCAUUGCUUAGAUGAUAAGAAGAGUUUCUAUGUGGCAUUGGACAGGGUGAACCAUGAAUAGAGCACUCACUGAAGGCACUGUACGGAAAAUUGUAUGCUAUUUGAUUAUAUAACUUAAAUGUCUUUUUUAAUGCAAGUCCUGAUUUAGUUCUUUUUGGUGAGUUCAGAUACAUGUGAUGUUUUUAGGGUUUUUUGUUCUCACCAAACUAUGUUAACAUGUUCAACUGUACUUGUCUUUCAUAAAGGUCUGCCAUAGAUAAAUGGAGACAUUUCUUAUAAACAUUCCUAAUCACAAGGUCUUUUCCAUACCUCUUAUCUCUCUAUUACUUUUCAUACUUCUUCAGCCAUGUUUUGUUUGUUUGUUUGAAAAGGAAACGUCAAUGUUAGUUAAAAUGUAUUCUUGAACAUUAUUGAGUUUUGUAAAAUAAAAGACUGAAAAAUGAAUAAAAUAUAACUCUUAGCUGUUCUCAAAAUAAGUGUAUCAGAGUGUGUGAUGGUGUAAAGAAAAAAAAAUGCUAUUCUUUAUACUUUGUUAGAUAUACACACUUGCAAUAUUACAAAAUAUAGUCAUCAAACAUUAAAACAAUCUAAGAAUAAAA